GGGACUCCUCCAAGCAGACUUUUGAAGAGGCCAACAUCUGCUCUCCUGAAGCCCAGGUCUGGGAGUCCCUGCCUCCCUUCCCUCACCAUCCUGAAUUCCACCGUCUCAUGGUCUCUGCAGCCCAGGCUGCCUUUGACCUCCAUAUCCCCGAUGAGCUCCUUGUUGGUGAAGAUGAGUUCCAGCAGAGCUCCUCUCCUCGUUGGCUCCUCUGUCACUUGGAGGAGGACGUUGUCAUCGAUGCAUAUAGGAGCCUACUGGGCUGCUCGGCGCAGCUCGGCGAGGGUCUCGGUGCCAAAGAGACACCCCAGCAGCGGUACCAGCGGCUGCAGCACGAGGUGCAGGAGCUGGUUAGGGAGGUGGAACAGAUCCAGAGCACAGUGAAGGAGUCAGCAGCGGAGGAGGAGCUGACGCCCAUGGCUUUGGUCAGGCAGGUCGAGGGCCUGAAGCAGCAGUUGAUCUCCAGCCACCUGGAGAAGCUGCUUGGCCCCGCUGCAGCCAUAGACUUUGCAGACCCUGACGGCGCCCUGGCCAAGCGCCUGCUGCAGCAACUGGAGGUGGCGAAGUGCGGCAAGGCAGCGGUGGGGAAGAGCGCUGCCAAAGCUCCAGCACCCACCGCAGACAGCAUCACCUUUGAGCUGUUCUGGAGGCCGGAGCAGGCCCAGUUUGCCCAGACUGCCAAGAUUGCGGAACUGGAGAAGCGGCUGGCACAGUUGGAGGUGAUGGCGGAGCCCGACAGCCAGAACCCGCUGUUGGUCGGGCUGAAGGGCACCAGCCUCGUGGAGACCGUGCAGGUCCUGCAGGCCAAGGUCAACAUCCUGGACGUGGCCGUGCUGGACCAAGUAGAGGCCCGGCUGCAG